CGCAGGGGAACCGCCCAGCGCAGCCCCCCGGGCCGGGCAGAGCCCCCCGGGCCGGGCAGAGCCCCCCGGGCCGGGCAGGAUGAACAAGCUUUACAUCGGGAACCUGCCCGAGGGCGUCACGGCGGCCGAGCUGGAGCGAGUGUUCACCGAGCACCGCAUCUCCUUCAGCGGCCGCUUCCUCGUCAAGUCCGGCUAUGCCUUUGUGGACUGCCCCGACGAGCAGUGGGCCAUGAAAGCCAUCGAAACUUUCUCGGGGAAGGUGGAGCUCCACGGGAAGCAGCUGGAGAUCGAACACUCGGUGCCCAAAAAGCAAAGGAUUUGGGAUCCCACUGGGAAAUUCCGGCUCUUCCCGGGUCCCUCGGUGCCCCUGAGGCUCCUGGUGCCCACCCAGUUCGUGGGGGCCAUCAUCGGCAAGGAGGGGGCCACCAUCCGCGGCAUCACCAAACAGAGCCAGUCCAAGAUCGACGUGCACCGCAAGGAGAACGCGGGCGCGGCAGAAAAGGCCAUCAGCAUCCACUCCACGCCCGAGGGCUGCUCGGCUGCGUGCCGGAUGAUCCUGGACAUCAUGCACAAGGAGGCCAAGGACACCAAGACGAUGGCUCAGCGCAAGAUCCGGGACAUCCUGGCGCAGCCCCCGGAGCAGGAGACGGUGCACGUGUUCAUCCCGGCGCAGGCGGUCGGGGCCAUCAUCGGCAAGAAGGGGCAGCACAUCAAGCAGCUCUCGCGCUUCGCCAGCGCCUCCAUCAAGAUCGCUCCCCCGGACGCUCCGGACUCCAAGGUGCGAAUGGUGGUGAUCACCGGCCCGCCCGAGGCGCAGUUCAAGGCGCAGGGCAGGAUUUACGGGAAGCUGAAGGAGGAGAAUUUCUUCGGGCCGAAGGAGGAGGUGAAGCUGGAGACGCACAUCCGUGUGCCGGCCUCGGCCGCCGGCCGCGUCAUCGGCAAGGGCGGCAAGACCGACCCCGGAGCUAUCAUGGCGGGUUGGAGCCCUCAGGGCACGGAGCGGCCUCUCGGUGCUGCCCUGAGCCGCUUUUCCGCCGGCAGCGUCCCGAAUCCCCUCCGAGACGGCUUAGGGGGCUCUGACGCACGAUCCCAGCCGUUUAACGUCGAUUAA